AUGGCUCAACCUCAAUCGCAGGCACCGCCGGUGCCUGCGCAAAUGCCGCAAUCGCCGCACAUGUCACAGAUGUCCCAGAUGGCUCAGCGUCCACAAUACCCACAGCAACACUCGCCCUCACCCGCAGCCACCCCUCAACCCGGAUUUGCGAUGCCUUCGAAUAAACGACCGCGCACUUCCACUACCUCUCCACCCCCACCUGCUUCGCAGUAUUCCUACCCGGCAAAUUCGCAGAUGGCAGUUCCCUCACCGAGCACUGUCGGCUCGCCGAGUUAUCCAAACCUCACAAUUCCCAACACAGCUCAACAGUCAUUCGCAGCCCCGUAUACUAACGGCAACUCUGCGCAAUCUCCCGCGCCCACACCUGCUCUUACUCUGCCGGACACGCGACAGUCUUACCCCCAGACUCCCGCGACCCCGGCUGCACCCGCAACUCCCAGUCAGCCCCAGUACACGUCGGCCACAAUGGCACCCAUCGCUCCUCCGCCGCCUCCUCCUACACCUGGCGCCAUGCUUCCUCCGUCAAAACCAGUCGAGCGGCCGGUGAGAGAAUCCGGUCUUAAAGAUUACGAGGACGCGUUGGCCGGUACCGGCAUCGACAUCCGCGACGAGGAGCAGUUUCUGGCCGACUAUUACAGCGGCACAUUUCUACAAGAAGCAAAGACUGGCCUUCCGGCAAACCCCCCCGGAAGCCGGGGUUCGUUUUAUGGCGCUGGCUUCGCGAACCAGCCCGGCGAGUCUGUUGGCGAUUUGAGCCAGGAGACGUACGAAGCCGAAGUCGCAGAAAGAGCCUUCGAUGAAGCAGCUCAUAGAUUGGCUGCGAUGCGCAGCAACGAAAUUAGAGACGCCUUUCUGAUAAUCCCUAACCUGCACCACCGGGCAGAGAUGAUUGCGAAAGAGCACGGGAUUGGGCUCAACCUCGAGUACAGAAACUCGGCAGCCACCAUGGGCAAGAUGCGAACUCCGCAAGACUUUCCCCCACCUACAGUCACCGUGAGCACCAAGACCGGUCCUGACGGCGCCUUGGUGGCGACAACCGGCUCGUUCAUUCCGCACGACGCAUAUCUAGUAGAUCAGUUGGCACUCAUCUCCGUCGCCACCAAACAUCGGCUCAGACAGUUGAUUGAGGACGCCGACCGCCUGGCCACCCACCGCCAGACAACUUCCCACGGGGAGAUACCAGCGGAAUGGGCUGAUGUCGCAGCACCUCUGAAAACAGGUCUGGAUUCGCUUCCAGUCGAGUCAGAGAGCGCUGCAAACCCCAACCCACUUAAGCGUUCGUUUGACUCUUUCUCGGAAGACACAUCCAAGCCUGCUCGCGGCAAGCCCGGCCUCAGGAAUUUGAUGGAAGCUGUCCGCGACACAGGCAGAGUUGAACGUGAUGUGGAGGAGGCGCGGCUCCAGAAGCGCCAGAAGCGACACAACCCGGAAUCGGCCGCCCAGGGCGGAUCACGUGCUGGAUCAGCCGCGCCCGGCACGCCAGGUGCUGGAGCAGCAGCCGAGAACGAUACUACCACAACAGCGGCAACCGCGGCCAAAGCGCCCUCAAAGAAGGAGCUGAAAAAGGGUGCGGCGGCCGCCAGACUGGCAGAGGCUUCGAGCACUGCCAGCGCUAACCAGACUCUGAACACCCUCAUGGGCGGGUUUGGCAAAAAGAGAAAGAAGGAGUAUGCCUGGUUGCAGACGCCUGGCAGCGGAACCAGUACCCCGCGAGCCGGGUUGAGUGCCACUGACUCCGCAGCAUCGGGGGCGGCAGGCGGUGGCAGCGAGAAAUUACCCGAGAAGACGACACUCACGGCAGAUCCGAGAUAUCCCAGGUUAGGAACCUGGCGCGAGGAUAAGGAAAAGGGCAGGAAUAUCCAGAUAAGAGACUGGGUGGCUGCUCUGGAGGAUGAUCGCCUUGAGGUGCGAGCGCUGCAAGAGACUUAUAUGAAGUUGGACUCCUCCGCCCCUAAGUGA